UGACAUCGAAGGAAUUCAGCUUCUUGAUGCCAUCAACCGGUUAUCAAAACUGACCUCACUUCUCUCAUCCACAUUCUCCGCCAAUCUUAAAUCAAGAAAUGCCAUCAACCUCACCGGCGGCCUGCUGCACCACAUCAUGACAUUCCUAGAAGUAGAAUUCUACACUCUUCUUGAAGAUUCUAGAACCAAGCUAGUGCCGACGGUGAGCACCACAUCCGGACAGAAGCCAAAGCGUCCGCCGUCAUUCCGAGCAAGCAUUGAGCAUGACCGAUGCGUACUUCCAACAGCAACAGCAACAGCAACAGCAACAGCCGCUGCUGCCGAAUCUAACAACAACAACAACAACACCAACCAAGAAACAUCUACUGAGAAUGUAGAAAGAUUAAAAAGGAUAGCUUCCGAGAUGAUUGCCGCUGGCUAUGAUGCUGAGUGUGUGCAAGUUUUCACCAUUGCUCGAAGCAACUCACUAGAUGCAAGUAUCUGUAAUGCCGGGUUCGAAAAAAUCAGCAUCGACGAGGUGCAAAGAAUGCAGUGGGAACCACUGGAAGCUUCAAUCGCAACAUGGAUCAAAGCUUUCCGGCAAGCUUUCACUGUGAAUUUUCCACAUGAACUUGAGCUAUGUGGCGCUGUUUUCUCCGAUCAGCGUGACAUUGGCCGUGCCGUGUUCCGUAACCUCACCCGUGGAAUCAUAGUUCAGUUUCUUGAUUUUGCCGCAGCAGUCGCCAUGACUAAAAAAUCGGCGGAGAAGCUCUUCAAAGUGCUUGACAUGUAUGAGACUUUGAGAGAUGCGGCGAAGCAGAUGGAUGAGUUGCUCUCGGUGGCAAUGCCAUCGGAGAAAGAGGAAGACGCAGAGCUUGCUAUGUUAUCACCGUUGGAUUUGAAGUCGGAGAUGGCUUCAGCAUGGUCGAGGUUGGGAGAGGCGGCAGUGGCGAACUUUUGUGAUUUAGAGAAUUCGAUCAAAGCCGAGGCUGGGAAAACUCCGGUCCCUGGUGGUGCUGUUCAUCCUGUCACUCGCUAUGUUAUCAACUACUUGACAUAUGCAUUUGAGUACAAUGAAACACUAGAACAAGUUUUCCAUGAACAUAAGAAAUCAGAAAAACCAUCAUCAAUGCAUGAUGUCGAUGGAGAUGACGGCCAUUCAAACAACAACAACAACAACAACCAUAGUACCAUUAACAACAACAACAACUCUAGCACUGCAACAAACAAUGAAGAUGAGACCAGAAAUGAAGGUGACAAGCAGUCCCCAUUUGCCGUUCAAGUGAUGGAAGUGAUGGAUCUGUUGCACCAAAAUGUCGAAGCGAAAUCGAAGCUUUACAAAGACCAAUCUCUGAGCAACAUCUUCCUGAUGAACAACGGGAGGUAUGUGAUGCAAAAAGUGAAAGGAUCAGAGGAGAUAAAGAAACUGUUAGGGGACACAUGGUGCAGGAAAAGAUCAGCGGAGAUGAGACAGUACCACAAGAACUACCAGAGAGAGACAUGGGGGAGAGUUCUUGCAUGUUUUAAGGAUGAGGGAUUGCAAGUGAAUGGGAAAGUAAUGAAGCCAGUAUUGAAAGAAAGGUUCAAGAGUUUUAAUGGGAUGCUUGAGGAGAUACUUAAAACGCAAAGUGUUUGGGUGGUGAGUGAUGAGCAAUUGCAGUCGGAGUUGAGAGUGUCGGUGUCGGCGGUGGUGGUGCCGGCGUACAGAUCGUUUUUGGGGAGGUUUCAGCAGUAUUUUUCACCGGGAAGGCAGACGGAGAAGUAUAUAAAGUAUGCGCCGGAGGAUUUGGAGACGUUCAUUGAUGAUCUGUUUGAUGGGAAUGCAGCAUCCAUGGUGAGGAGGAGGACGUGAGAGGGAUUGGGAAUGGCUGUGUGAUUGUUCAUGCAAUUGAUUGUGUUUAUUUAUUUAUUUUUUUUUGGGUGUUGUUUUUAUGAGUUUUUUUUUUUAUGAAUGUGGAAUGGAGGUGUAAAA